CUGGGACAAGCCUACUUUGACGACCGCCAGUACUCCCUGGCCUAUACUCAAUUGCUCAACGCUGCAAAGCGCUCGCAUCCCGGCGCCAUGUACUUGGCCGCCAUGUUGAACGAAAAAGGUGCAGGCACCAAGAAAAGCUACCGUGUCGCUUUGGACUUUUACACAAAGUCUGCGCAGGCCGGAUACCGACCGGCACUGUAUCGAUUGGGCAUGAUCGAGCUCCAUGGCCACAUGGGAGGGAAGCGGGACGUGCGGAAAGCUGUGACGUGGUUCAAGAGAGGCGCCGCGGUUGCGGACAAACAGCACCCGGAAUGCUUGUAUGAGCUUGCUAAGAUUUUCGAGAAAGGCGUACCUCCACACAUUCAAGAGGAUGAGCCGUACGCGUUUGGCCUCUAUGCGGAGGCAGCCGAGCUGGAGUACCCGCAAGCCCAGUACAAACUGGCGCAGUGCUUAGAGUUUGGUCGGCUAACGUGUUCUAGGAAUAUGCGCGACGCACUUUACUGGUACGGUCGGGCCGCCGAAAAUGGGAAUGCAGAUGCGCAGUUCGUCCUAGCAGGCUGGUACCUCCACGGCUUCGACAACCUUCUCCCGCAGAACGAGCACGAAGCCUACGCAUGGACGUACCGUGCUGCAAAGCAAAACCACGCCGAAGCUCAAUACGCUGUAGGGUAUUUCUGCGAGAAGGGCGUGGGAUGUGUCAAGAGCGAGGAAAAGGCUCUACAAUGGUACCAAAUCGCCGCGAAAAACGGCGAGACGAGGGCAAUCGCGAAACUGGAAGCUGCAAACCAGCCUAUCCCGAUCUCCAGGGCUUCGAAGUCUUCCAAGGGCCGGCCCAGGCCAGCGGUGAAGGAAACAGGUUCCUCGUCGUCGAGCACGAGCGCCAGCAGCGCGGCAAAGGAUUUGAAGAAGAAAGCACUCGGAUUCCUACGGAAGUAA